AGGAGAGGAGGGAUUACCCUGACCUUUUUCAACUCACACUGCCUCAGACGGCCACCAAGCAGCUGAGGAGAGAGCAGCCAGACGGACCCAUCAUGUCCGACAAACCAGAUUUUGCAGAAAUCGAAACGUUUGACAAGACCAAGCUGAAGAAGACAGAAACCAGAGAGAAAAACCCAUUGCCCACUAAAGAGACUAUUGAACAGGAAAAGCAAAGCGAAAGUACGGCCUGAGUGUGAAGUUGAAGAUGUGACUGCUGCUUCUUCAGUGGGGUUUUGGCUUCUGAGUUGGGUUGUUGUUUUGUUUUGUCCUCCCACCACCCCCCUUUGUUUGUUUCCCAUUUGUUUAAGGAAACGUUUGUUCAUUUAAUGUUCCCUGGAGAAGUUUGUUUUGUGUUUGUUGAAGAAGAUACUGUGUGUUUGUGUUCUUGAAACUGUAAUUCCAAGUUCUGUAUCGACCCCAUUACUUGCCAAAAAAAAAAAAAAAAGGCAAUUUGCAUAGAAAUUGUUUUCCUAAGCCUCACAAUAAACAGGUUUCUUCUGA